UUUUGACUGAAGCGUUCUUCUGCAAUGGUAGAAUUUUGAUUGAAGAGUAUUUUUUUUUGAACGGUAACAUUUUGAAUGGAGCGUUCUCUUUCACCGGUAACAUUUUGACCGAGCGUUAAGUUGAUAGUAUAAUUUUGACUGGAGCGUUUUACUGUAACCGUAGAAUUUUUUAUUGUUCUUCUGCAACGGUAGAAUUUGACUGGAGAGCGUUCUCGUCCAACGGUAUAAAAUUGACUGGAGCGUUUGUUGGGAAGAAAUUUCCCUCUUCUCUCAUCCAUUUCCCACUUUCUUUCACUUCAACACUCUCCCUGGAAGCUUUCUAAAAAAGCCAUUGGAAACCUAGUUACUUUUCUUCUUCGUCAUGAAAGCCAUCCAAAACCUACUUCAGUUACUCGGUUUCUUGCCAUCGGCGUAUCGCCCCUUCCACCUCCACUCCUUAUUUCUCCCUCAACGAGCUCUCUUAACUCUCAAGAGAAGCUCUUCGACAUCUCCGCCUAAAUCCAACGCUGAGGUUUUAGCCAGAGGUGUUGAUUGUGAUAUAGUGCUGCUUUCAGUAGAGAGUAAGGAAUAUUGGAAAGGAGCCAAACCACUUCGCUUGGGACACUUGCAACGACUUCAGUUUUUUGAGCUGUUUCUGUUGUGGGACAUCCUUACUGAGGACCAUUUCAGUGACAAAGGGUUAUCAUGUAUAGAGGUUUACAGAUCUGAGGAUGCUCAACAUAUUGGCUAUGUAAUACCAACUAUGGUUGUAUCUUAUUUUCUGAAUGACUAUGAGAGGAAUGGGAAGUGUACAGGUACCGUGCAAUUAUUUAAGAACUUGGAUAUUGGUUUCCUUGACAUUGGAGAUGUAUCUUGGCAUUCUACUGAUCAUGAAGUUGCUUUCAUGACUCUCAUGGCUGCCUUUCAUAUAUGAUGGCUGAAGUAAGGAUCUAGCUUUGUAAUAUUUCAGGUACUGUCUUUACAUUGCAUGUCAUAUCCCUAUUUUCUUGAUAACGGUGUUGGCAAUUGUAUUCUGUUUUUCAGUUGUUCAAUUUGAGCAGCAUUCUUACAGUGUUCUU